CUGCCUAUUAUCUUAAACCCGCCUACCUAUAUUUUCACUUUUCACCAACUAUUCGAAGUUCCUUCCGAUUUACCGGAAAACCGAUCAUGACGCGCCUCGCCGCCGGCGUUAUUCUCUUAUUGUUUGCUCUAUGCGGUAUCUCCGCCGGUAGACGAGACCUCGUCGAAGACGUUAUCCGGUUGCCAUCGGAAAUGGCUAGUUUCUUCCAUCCUGAUGGCGUUCAUGAUGCUAAGGAUGAAGAUUCCACUGGGACGAAAUGGGCGAUUCUUCUUGCUGGAUCUAGCGGAUACUGGAAUUACAGGCACCAGGCUGAUAUUUGCCACGCCUAUCAACUAUUGAGAAAAGGUGGACUGAGGGAGGAAAAUAUUGUGGUUUUCAUGUAUGAUGACAUUGCUUAUAAUGAGGAGAACCCAAGGCCUGGGGUCAUCAUUAACAAUCCACAUGGCGAGGAUGUUUAUAAAGGCGUUCCAAAGGAUUACACUGGUGAAGAUGUAACUGUCAACAAUUUUUUUGCUGCUAUCCUUGGAAACAAAACUGCUCUUACUGGGGGUAGUGGGAAAGUUGUGGAUAGUGGUCCUAAUGAUCAUAUUUUCAUUUAUUACUCCGAUCAUGGGGGUCCUGGGGUGCUAGGAAUGCCUACCAAUCCUUACCUUUAUGCCGAUGAUCUGAUUGAUGUCUUAAAAAAGAAGCAUGCGUCUGGGAGCUAUAAAAGCUUGGUGUUCUAUCUUGAAGCUUGUGAAUCUGGGAGCAUCUUUGAGGGCCUUCUUCCUGAGGGUUUGAAUAUUUAUGCAACCACAGCAUCUAAUGCAGUGGAGAGUAGUUGGGGAACCUACUGCCCUGGAGAGUAUCCUAGUCCUCCCCCAGAAUAUGACACCUGUUUGGGUGACUUGUAUAGUGUUGCUUGGAUGGAGGACAGUGACAUGCAUAAUUUACGGACAGAAACUCUACAUCAACAAUAUCAACUGGUUAAAAGGAGAACUGCAAGUGACAAUUCUGUUUAUGGCUCUCAUGUGAUGCAAUAUGGUGAUAUAGGACUUAGCAAGAAUGAUCUCUUCCGGUAUAUGGGUACAAAUCCAGCAAAUGAUAACUAUACUUUUGUGGAAGAGAACACUUUGAGACUGCCUUCAAAAGCUGUUAACCAGCGUGAUGCUGAUCUCAUACAUUUCUGGCAAAAGUAUCGCAAGGCCCCUGAUGGCUCCGCUAGAAAGAUUGAAGCUCAGAAGCAGUUUGUUGAAGCAAUGUCUCAUAGGAUGCAUAUAGACCACAGCAUAAAACUUGUUGGGAAGCUCCUAUUUGGAAUUGAAAAAGCCUCAGAGGUGCUGGACACUGUUCGUCCUGCUGGACAACCUCUUGUUGAUGAUUGGGCCUGCCUCCGAACACUCGUGAGGACAUUUGAGAGGCGUUGUGGAUCCUUGUCGCAGUACGGAAUGAAGCAUAUGCGCUCUAUUGCAAACCUCUGCAAUGCUGGAAUUGGAGAAGAACAGAUGGCGGAAGCAUCAGGACAAGCUUGUCUGAGCUUUCCAUCUGGUCCAUGGAGCUCUCUUGACAAAGGGUUCGCUGCAUAAAUUGAAGCAUAUCCAUAUGAUUGAAAAGGAUAGAUAACUUGGAUUAUAUUAUGCAAGGUUAAAAGUUUGCUGUAUUAUGAUGAUUGUCCUUGGCAUUGCCUCUGUGAAUAGGAAUUGGAAGCACAUCUCUACCUGAACGCAUUGUAAUUAACGUGAUCAUAUUUAAGAAUGCUGUCAAAUUAGCCAUUUCCAAAGCA